UGUCCCUGCAUGGGGAGUGUUUACAGGAUGUUAUCUGUGUCAGUGUCGGCCCCUGAUCUCUCUGAGUGGGUUUCUGAGGAAUGCUGGAAAGGGAUGGAGGAGUUCCAAAGGGGGAGUGACAAGAGAGAGAGAGACAGGGAGAGAGAGAGAGAGUGAGAGAGAGAGUGAGAGAGAGAGAGAGAGAGAGAGAGAGUCUCUAUAUACACAUCCCAAAGAGCCUGGUGCUCACAGGCACAGCUGGACUACUGGAUAACUGGACUCUAGCCCACUGGAUAUUUAACUAGAAAGGCACCAGCGAAGUCUCUGGCUGUGGAAAACAAAUUAGCUUAGUUAGUGCCAAAUACAUAGUACAAAGAUGAACAGUGUGGCAGAUUGGCUCGUGCAGAACAGGGACAAGAUUGAGAAAGGUGUGGAGAUCAUGGGGCAAGCGUCCGAGGUGCUUGCUGCCACCGUGGGCCAGCUCCACCCGGUGCUGGAGGCUGUGUUCGUGGCUUCAGCCGAGCUACUCAGCAACCCGGAGGGCAAAGAGGCUCGCUACCUGACUCAGCAGUUCGAACUUGUCAACCAGAAACUUGAGGGAAUCCAAGAUGAGAUUGAUAAAAUUGCCCUGGAGCUGCAGAGGACGUCAAUGAACAAGCAGAACUUUGAUCGAGAGGCACAGAUGAUCAGCCAGUAUGAGAAGUUCCAGGACUUUGUCAACGCCAAGCCAAAAUUCAAGGAGAAGAAGAUGGAGAAGUUCCUCAGCCAUUACGAGAACACGGAUGGCGACUUGAACUUGGACGCCCUCUACAAUGCUGUCACUGGGGAGAAUACCUCAGGAGACCCUAUGCUGGAAACAGUAGUCGCCACUGAGCAGAGAAGCAGACGGCCGGUUGAGGAUUUCUGUGCCCGGCUGAAGAAGCUCUUUGUGGUUGGCAUUAUCGCUGUCAUGGGCCACGCUGCCUUAAAGGAAGGAGCGGUUGGUGAGGAGAUGGUGAAGAAGUGGCAGGGACGGAUGGAGGAUGUGGAGAAACGAAUGAAAGCAGCUGUGGAUGACUGUACAGAGCACUUUGCGGACCAAGCCAAGCUGGACAUGGAGCACCUGCUUCGGGAGAACCCCGGCACUGUUGAUCGUGAAUUCACCAAAACCCUCCUGGAUUCUCUUGUUAAGAAAUACGACUGGGUGAACUGGUCCAUCAGGGCCUUCAGCGACAGGGAGCGCAUUUUCUUUUUCAACUGGCUGGCAGGAAAGAAGUACCACGGAAGUGGGGGAGCCAACUGGUUUGACAUUUUGACCAAGAACAAAAUCAAAGUGGUGGUCUCUUUCUGUGUCAACCCCAAACCAAUUAACAAGUGUCAGAUCCAGGAGCAGAUUGAGGGGCAGAAGCUGAAAGGAAACAUGAUGGCAGUGGCUCUGUCUUUGAACAAGAGCUUCCCCAACUGCCUGGUCCACGCCGUCAGCCAUUACAAGGAGGUGGUGGAGACCAACAACUUCCAUGAGGAUUGUUACUACUAUGGGAAACACAAGAGAGCCUACCUGUGUAUCCACCCUGAGUAGGCUCACAGAACAACAUAAACUGUAGCUGCAUACAGGAGGAACCAAGCUACAAAUGAAUUCAUGAAUGUCUUUAGCAGAGAAUCCAUCAAAUAUAGAAAAUUAUUCCUAAAUAUUGUCUGUGUUGAUACAUAAUCUGCUCUGUCUGCGCUCUGAUAUGUGAGUCGUCAUCUUACUUGUACUGAUUUUUAUUCUUAUACAUACACUAUAUAUACAGACAUUUCAGAGCCAUACAUCUCCAUACCAGCUUCAACUACAAAACAUAUGAUGAUGCUGUCCCCAUGCAUUGGAUAUUACUGGGGUUGGGCUACAUGACGACGUUAGUCCGUUAGCUGACUUUGCCAUAAAUGUAAAGUACUCCUCUUCUUUAAUCCCUUUAAUAACUCCAGAUGUAUCAGACCAUCGACCGCUCCUUGGCAUAAACGUGUAUUUGAAAAAAUCCACUACCCAAUAUAUUUGCUGCUUUUGGUGCAAUACAAUGCUGCGGGGGGAAGCUUCCAAAAUCUUUAGUCUUCAGUCUUUAUCUAGAUAUUUGUGUAUAUUUUACUUUUGUUUGUAAUAAACAAAAAAAUAUGAA